AUGGCUGAUGAAUAUGACGGGAGCCAGAUGGGCGACGAGAGUGCCACUGGGCCUGGUGCGCCCACGCCACUUUCAGCUUUGGAGGGAGUGGCUGGAAUAACCAAGCGUGAAAUCCAAAGCAUUGUUGAGGGCGGAUUCAACACAGUUGAGUCUGUGGCUUAUACCCCGCGCAGGGUUCUUGAGCAGAUUAAGGGCAUCUCAGAGCAGAAGGCGACCAAGAUUCUGGCCGAAGCGUCAAAACUUGUACCUAUGGGUUUCACAACGGCCACUGAAAUGCACCAACGGCGCAGUGAGCUCAUUUCUAUCACGACUGGAUCCAAGAACUUGGAUACGCUUUUAGCCGGAGGCAUUGAGACCGGGUCCGUCACUGAAUUAUUCGGAGAAUUCAGAACAGGAAAGAGUCAAAUCUGCCAUACUCUAGCUGUGACGUGUCAGCUGCCUUUCGACAUGGGUGGUGGUGAAGGCAAAUGCCUGUACAUUGAUACUGAGGGCACUUUCCGACCCGUUCGAUUAUUGGCGGUUGCCAACCGAUUUGGCCUCUCCGGAGAAGAAGUGUUGGACAAUGUUGCAUAUGCGAGAGCAUACAAUUCAGAUCACCAGCUUCAGCUUCUGAACCAGGCAGCGGCCAUGAUGUGCGAGACACGAUUCUCCCUUCUCAUUGUCGACAGCGCCACAUCACUCUAUCGUACAGACUUUACUGGCCGAGGCGAGCUCUCAAAUCGCCAGACACAUUUGGCCAAAUUUAUGAGAACGCUGCAACGGCUUGCGGACGAAUUCGGCAUUGCAGUAGUCAUUACAAACCAGGUCGUCGCGCAAGUCGAUGGUGGACCCAGCGCCAUGUUCAACCCCGACCCGAAGAAGCCAAUUGGCGGCAAUAUCAUUGCCCAUGCCAGUACGACGCGGAUCAGCUUGAAGAAGGGUCGUGCUGAGACUCGAAUUGCCAAGAUCUACGACAGCCCUUGCUUGCCGGAGAGCGAUACGCUGUUUGCCAUUGCUGAGGAUGGCAUUACUGAUCCUGCACCAAAGGACAUGGAUAAGGAUAAGGAUUAA